CUGCCACUGCUGCUGUACCUGCACGGCGCUGGGGAGUCGGGACGCGAGCUGCGCGAUCUGAUUUCCGAGGGUGCGACCGGCACGCCGCCGGUCGAGCUCGAGCACGGCACCGCGCUGCCCUUCCUCGCCAAGCACUUCAUUGUCGUUGCGCCGCAGACGGACCACGGCUGGCGCCCCGCCGAGGUGAACAAGUUCCUCGACUUUCUGCUAUCGAGCAGGGCCGGCCUGCCGAUUGACGCGGCGCGCUGCUAUGUGACUGGGCACUCCAUGGGCGGCGGCGGCGCCCUCCAUGCCGCAGCAGCCAAGCCGUCUCGCUGGGCUGCCGUGGUUGCCGUGGCGCCGGCGGGUGCUCCGCGUGCCGCGGAUCUGGCGACGACGCCCGUCUGGUGCUUCCACGGCAAGAACGACGUGGUGGUGCCGUCGGGGAUCAGCGAGCAUCUGGUGCAGCGGCUGCGGACGGGCGGCGCCGACGAGGGCAACGCCAAGCUCACGCUGUACGAUGCUGCGCCUGCGCCGAAGGGGUGGCCCGCCUACGACGGGCACGGCUCGCCGAUGCCUGCGUACGCGACCCCCGACCUCUGGCGCUGGCUCCUGGAGAAGCGG